AUGGAGAAAAAUAAAGAAAAUUUAGAAAAAAGACCUAUAGAUUUGAAGAAAGAAACAGAAAAUAGUUCUGAAUCAGAAGAAUAUACAACAAAUAAAAAAGGUCUAAAAGAUAGUAGAUUUCGUAAAGCAGCUUUUAUGUCUCUUAAGCUUUGGCAAAAUCUUGGGCAUACUCAGUUAGAAAUAGAUAAUAUGACAUCUAAUUAUUCUACAAUCUUGUUAAUUGAGGAUAUUAUUGAUUUGGAAAUUGAAAAAAAUUUAAAAUCUUUUUUAAUAAGAAUAGCACAAGAUGUCUUACCUGAAGAUUUGAAUUAUAAUCCUUAUGAUGUGUUAAAUAAUUUUUUAGAAUGUGAAAAGCAGAAUGGCUAG